CACCAGUGGGCCUAAAAGCGACAUUGACCAUCACAUUCCCAACCCCAUCCAUACACAGACAAAAUAUUAUUACAAUCCAUCCAGAGGUUCUAAAGUCAUGCUUUAAUACAAAUAUCUGGAAACACAAAUACUCUUCAUUGAGGUAUUUAAACUUUACUACAGAUGUUCAAAGUCCAACAGUGCGCUGUGUGCCCUCUCUCACCUUUCACCUAAUUAAACAGAGCAAUUGGUCUAUUCCAUUGAAAAACGGGUAGUGAAAAGCACCAUUUGAAAAUAUUCUCUUCUCUGUGUUUACUAUGAAUAUGUGUAUUAAUUCAAAUCCUUUGCCAUCCGUAAAUAUAUAGCUGUAUUCUCUCCAUUGCAAUGUGUAAAACGAUUUCUACUACCAUAAACUAAUUCUGGUAAUAUUGUUUCCAUAGUACUCUAGUGUGUUCAGUAAACUUGCCCAGAGUGUCAGAAGGUCGUAUGAGUAGGAACGCCCCCCUUUCAACGUACUGUGAAUAACAGCUAGCGACAUGUCGCUAUGGACAUCGAUGUGACUGGUGUUACAGGUAUACAUGUUUAAGUUUUUGAACUGCUGUCGGCAUACGAGUGUUAGGAGACGAUACGUCUACCCCCAGUCUGAUCGCAAAGCGGCCAGUGGGACACAUACUUAGACCAAGCUUGGCCAAGGAGAUUGCUUAGACGAUGUCGGGUAACUCCAUCGUGUGCAUUAAGGACCUUGAGCAGUACGCCUUGGAUCGUAUGGGCAGGAAUGAGCGCGGUUACUCAAGCAAUGGUGCCGGGGAGUGUCAAACUCUUCUAGAAAACGAAGCGGCGUUCAAAAGACUCCGUCUCCGGCCGAGGUUUCUCCGUGACGUGUCGGCACGGGACCUGUCCACCACUCUGCUGGGCCGUGCCGUGGACAUGCCGAUAGGAGUGAGUCCGAUGGGCGCCCUCGGGCUCUUUGCCCCGAACGGGGACCUCUGUGCAGCUAGAGCCGCGGCUCGCUUUAAGACCUGCAUGAUAUCAUCCACCUCCUCUAACUCAACACUUGAAGACGUUAUGACGUCAAGUCCCGAGGGUCUGAAGUGGUUCCAACUUCAGAUCCGUCCGGAUAGAGAGUUGACUAAGACAAUGGUGCAGAGAGUGGAGCGCGCCGGGUACAGGGCCUUAGUGGUGACGGUAGACGCCUCCUAUGUGGGGAGACGGUACCAGGAGCUCAGGUAUCGGUUUAAGCUCCCUCCGCACCUCAAGCCUCUCAACCUCGGACAGAACGUCGUACAGGAUCACGUCAAAAAUCGCGGCCACGACCCCGCCUUAAGCUGGAAGGACGUCGCCUGGCUCAGGUCCAUCUGUAGUCUACCCAUCAUCCUGAAGGGCAUCCUGACCGCUGAGGACACUCGGCUGGCCGUACAGCACGGAGUGGACGGGAUCCUGGUGUCCAACCACGGGGGCAGGCAACUGGACGGUGUUCCUGCAACGAUAGAAGCCCUGCCUGAGAUCGUGCAGGCAGCUGGUGAUAAGUUAGAGGUGUACAUGGAUGGUGGAGUACGGACGGGAACAGAUGUUCUCAAGGCUCUUGCUCUCGGCGCCAGGGCAGUGUUUGUGGGCCGACCUGUGAUUUGGGGGCUGUGCUAUGACGGCGAAGAAGGCGCGACAAAGGUGCUCAGCAUUCUUAAGGAGGAGCUCAGUCUUGCCAUGGCUCUGUCGGGCUGUACAAGACUAGCAGAUAUUGUUCCGUCCAUGGUGGUUCGCACCAGUCAGUAUAGCAGAAUGUAAUGGCGUGGUUACAUUCGUCCCACCAUCGUCUCAUGUGUCUGGCUGAUCACAAACGGGGGUACUCUUUCGA